AGUUUAGUGAGUAGUUUGUCGCUGUUUUCAUGUUGAGUAGAGGCUCUCAAUUCAUUCGUCAGUUGGAUCUCUUGUAAGCCGCGCGCUCACACAUCUUUCUUAACUUUAAAUUUUUCUUUUUUUUUCCAACAAUCCUUUUGAAUUUUUCAUAUCUGGACUGUAAAUCUUUCAACCAAUCGGGAUUAUUCUUUUAUCAACGAAAUUUUGUGGUUCGUCCACUGAUUUUUGAAAAAAGUGUAAUUUAUUCAAAUUUGUUAGGGGAUCAGUACAACCCCCGUCGCAGUUACGGAUUAACUCCUGCUGUUUUUCAUAGGCUUGAGAGCUGAGGCAGUUUAUUAACGAGAUAGAAGUUUGCCGUCUACCUCGCUAUAAAUAUUAAAAUAAUUGCUCAAAAAUGGCAGCCAUAAUGAGAUUUUACGACUCCUUCCAGAGCGUGUUCGACAAACAUGGAGACCCCAGAACCGCCAGCUGGUUCCUGAUGAGUUCUCCCCUACCGACCCUCUCCAUCUGCCUGUCCUAUGUGUUUGUGGUGAAGGUUUUGGGCCCCAAACUCAUGGAAAACCGAAAACCCUUCCAACUCAAGAACGCGCUCAUUGUCUACAACCUCUUUCAAGUAAUAUUUAGCUCGUGGCUUUUCUACGAGUUAGGAAUGUCGGGCUGGUUGACUGGUCAUUAUAGUCUAAAGUGCCAACCGGUAGAUUAUUCAAAUUCGCCAAUAACUGUCAGGAUGGUGCAUGCUUGCUGGUGGUACUACUUUUCAAAGUUCACAGAGUUCAUGGACACGAUUUUCUUCGUAUUGAGAAAAAAGAACCAGCACGUUUCAACCCUGCACGUUAUCCACCAUGGAUGUAUGCCAAUGAGUGUUUGGUUCGGUGUCAAGUUUACCCCAGGUGGCCACAGCACAUUCUUUGGUCUGCUGAACACAUUUGUCCACAUCAUCAUGUACUCUUACUACCUGCUGGCCGCCCUUGGACCCCAGAUCCAGAAGUACCUCUGGUGGAAGAAAUACCUCACAUCUCUCCAGAUGGUUCAAUUCGUUGCUAUCAUGGUGCACGCCUUCCAGCUUCUGUUCAUCGACUGCAACUACCCUCGUGCCUUCGUCUGGUGGAUUGGACUCCACGCCGUCAUGUUCUUCUUCCUCUUCAAGGAGUUCUACAACCAGCAGUACAACAAGCCCAAGAAAGGAAAGCAAGCUGAAGCCGUAUCAGCAAAUGGCAAAUCAGGCGAGACCACAAAGGCAAAUGGACACAGUGCAAACGGCUUCAACAAGCAGGCGGCUGACUACUACGCCUCAGGUGGAGACCUCAUCCAUCGACCACAGGCCGCCAAGAGCAAGUGACUUACAACAACCAACCAUCAGCAAUUGUGACUUACGCUCAAAAGUCAGACGACUAUUUAAUUUUAAUUAUUUUAUUACAUCCGUUGUUUGUAUAGUUUUGUGAGUGCGCGCGCGUGUGAAUGAAUUUACAACGUACUUCAAGAACACUUUUAGGUUAGGUUGUGUUGUUUUUAUCAACCUAAUCUCAAGUAUUGUGUUAGGUUAGGUAGUAUGAGUUAAUCUAACCUCAAAAUGUUCUAAAGAGGUGUAAAUGGGUACUCCAAGAACACUUUCAGGUUAGAUUAUGUAAUUUGAACUAACCUAACUUAACAUCAAGUAUUGUGUUAGGUUGGGUAAUGUGAGCUAAUCUAACCUCAAAAUGUUUUCAAGGGGGUGUGUAUGAGACUUCUGUGUGAAUGUUUGGCUAGGUUGAGUAGUUUAAGCUAGCCCUAACCUCAAACCUUGUGUUUGUUGGUGUUUUAUAUGAGAUCAAAGUGUAAGAGUUGGGCUAGGUUAAGUAGUUUGAGCUAACCUAACCCAAUCAUUCUUUACUUGAGAACUUCUUGGCAGCAGUGUGUAUGAGACAUCUGUGUGAAAGUUGAGUUUGGUUUGGUUGCGAACCGAAAAUUUUGUGUUUAAGGUUGUACAACUAAACCAACAACCAUAUGCAGGGUCAGGUUAGGUAACUUUAGUAUGUUAUUUGAUCAAAUUCCUGGGUUAGGUUUCCUACCUAACCUUACAUGCUAAACUUCUGUUGAAUUAGAAAAAAAAUCAAGAAUCAUUUCAAGUCAACUCUGUUGUGUUAUCCUAGAUAACCUUUUCUUUUCAUUCUAUGAUUAUUUAUUGUCCUAGUCCGUUUUGUUAGUGGAGCUUCUAGUUCCAAUCAAUUGAUGUGAUCAAUCUAGCAAUACCUAUUUAUCGGGUGCAGAAUGUAUUUAAUGCAAUAAAAUUACACAUAUCUUUCUAGAUUUCAUAUUUGAUGCUGCUUUAACGAGGUGCAAUGAUGUAAAGAUUAUGCAGUAUUAUAUUGGAUUGCCAAACAAUGUACAUUUUCAGUGUUCAAAUAUUAUAUUAUGUAUUGGUGUAGCUGUAGAUAAGCAGAUCUAUUUGGAAUGUUCUCAAUGAACUAGGAACCUCUUUGAGGCUUAUCUUAAAGAGUGAUCCCUGGUCACAAAGUACAAUAGGCUAUUCUGUGAUUCUAUUGCACAGCUAUCAUUAAAAAAAAGUACAAAGUACUGCACAUCCUUGUCAAAAAAUGUCUAGUUUCAAAAACGCCCAGAAGUGCAUUUAAAUUUGAUAUUGAUGCAUUUAAAUUGUAGGUUGUAGACAUCAGUUUAAUCUAAAAGACAAUCCAUAAAACAGAUUCCUUGUGCUACGAACUAUUCUUCUUUAUAAUAGGUAGUACUUAAUAGAAUGUAUGUAUGUCUAUGAUUGCAUGAUAUUGUGAUAUAAUGAUUAAUCAAUAACGAGUUGCAUACUGUUUUGUUUGUUUUGGUCAAUUGAAUACAUUGUUGUACUUUAAUACAGGAUCCACAUGUGAUGUAAAACUAUUUUUGAUAGGCUACAUUUUAUAAUAGAAUUUAUAAAUUGGAGAGCUUAUUUGUUAAUAGAUAAUAGUAAUUGUUGAUUUCAAGCACCAAUUAAAGUGUGGUAUGUGGUGAUAAUCAAAAAAGAAUUUAAAUUUAAUUUCUUAAAUUAGUUAUUUCCCGUUUGACUUGAUAUUGAUCUGUUUUUUAAAGGGCUCUAUAAAAGUCUCUAUUGGCAUUAUUUGAUGUUGUACCGUACUAACACUUAUCCUUGCGCUUAUAUAUUUAUGAUAAUUAUUUAUUUAUUCCUGUUAUCAUCAUCGACCUCAGUUUUUCUUUUCUAUGAUUGUAUUAGUCUAUCACUGUUAUCUUCAAUCUACUUUAUAUGACAAAAUUAUUGUGUGUCAUGUACAAGUUUAUAUUUGCUCAUGACACUGAUUCGAUUUUAUUUUUUUCCUUGUUUAUAGUUGGAUGAAAAUUUUAUUUAAAAUUUACAAUGAAGUAAAACUUUUAGAUAAUUUUCAAAAAUUUAUUAGUGUUACCUGAAUUGGCAUUUUAUCCAUAGACUACAGAUAUUAUAAAACAGUUGUUAGGAUAAAGUUAUUAAAUUUGUUCAUUUUUGAAAA